UCCCCAAUUCCUCUCGCAGUGUGUGAAUUCGAUAAAAACGACGUAGUUUACACAGUAACUGGCUUCUCCAUCUUCGUACGCCGGUUACCCACCUUCCCAAUUUCUGUUCAAAUUUGUGUGCUCUUUACUAAACCAUCUUGUUCCUCCUCCCUUCGUCCUUCUUCCCUUUAUUCUUCUUCUUCAUCCUCCAAAUCUGUUUCUUAGUGUUUGAGUCGAGCGAUGAAGAAGUCUAAACUCGAUUACUCCGCCUCACAGAGUCGAUUCGGGCUGGUUCAGUUCCUAUUGGCUGUUCUGCUCUUUUACUUUCUCUGCAUGAGCUUCGAGAUCCCAUUCAUCUUUAAAAGCGGGUCCGGGUCAGAAUCCGGGUCCGAUGACGGGUCGUCGUCCUCUUUUCCUGACGCAUUGCCGAGACAGACGGUUGUUGGUAGGGAAGCGCACCGGGUCGUUGGAGAAGAAGACCCACAUCGACCUUUUAAGGAUCCGGGUCGAGUGAAUCGGGUGGGUCGAGUCCAGCUUCGCUCGCCGGACCGGAAAAUGCGAGAAUUUAAGACCGUCUCUCAAAUCUUCGCCAACGAGAGCUAUUUCGACAGCGGCGGAUUCAGCGAUGAGUUCUCGAUCUUCCACAAAACAGCGAAGCACGCGAUUUCCACGGGAAGGAGAAUGUGGGACGAGCUCGAUUCAGGUUUAAUCAAAGCCGACGAAGCGCCGGUUAUUAACCGGACGGAGAAAUGCCCGGAUAUGGUUUCAGUUUCCGGGUCAGAGUUCUUGAACCGGAGCCGGAUCUUGGUUAUUCCGUGUGGGUUAACGCUAGGAUCUCACAUCACCGUCGUUGCGACGCCGCAUUGGGCACACGCAGAGAAAGACGGGAGGAGCACGGAUUCGAAGGAAGGAGAUGGUAAAACGGCGAUGGUGACUCAGUUCAUGAUGGAAUUGCAGGGACUGAAGGCGGUCGACGGCGAGGAUCCGCCUCGGAUCCUCCAUUUCAACCCGAGGAUUAAAGGCGAUUGGAGUGGGAGACCAGUGAUUGAGCAGAACACUUGUUACCGGAUGCAAUGGGGCUCUGCUUUACGCUGCGAUGGUCGCGAAUCUAGCGAUGACGAAGAAUCAGUUGAUGGAGAGGUGAAAUGUGAGAAGUGGAAGAGAGAUGAUGGUGGUGAUGGCUCUGAUGAAUCAUCAAAGAAGACAUGGUGGUUGAACAAGCUUAUGGGUCGAAGGAAGAAGAUGACACAUGAUUGGCCAUUCCCUUUUGCAGAAGGGAAGCUCUUUGUUCUUACACUUCGAGCUGGAAUGGAAGGUUACCACAUCAGCGUUAAUGGAAGACACAUCACAUCUUUCCCUUACAGAACCGGGUUUGUUCUAGAGGAUGCUACUGGAUUAGCAGUCAAAGGGAACAUUGAUGUGCACUCGGUAUAUGCUUCCUCGUUACCUUCUACAAAUCCGAGUUUCGCUCCGCAAAAGCAUCUCGAGAUGCAAGGCGUGUGGAAAGCUCCUGCGUUACCUCAAAAGCCUGUGGAGCUGUUCAUCGGAAUCCUCUCUGCUGGCAACCAUUUCGCUGAGAGAAUGGCUGUGAGGAAGUCAUGGAUGCAGCAAAAGCUGGUCAAAUCGUCGAAAGUUGUUGCCCGGUUCUUUGUGGCAUUGCACGCAAGAAAAGAAGUCAAUGUUGAUCUGAAGAAAGAAGCUGAGUACUUUGGUGAUAUUGUCAUUGUACCGUACAUGGAUCAUUAUGAUCUUGUUGUGCUCAAGACUGUUGCUAUCUGCGAAUAUGGGGUUAACACAGUGGCGGCAAAGUAUGUAAUGAAAUGUGACGAUGAUACAUUUGUGCGAGUGGACGCUGUGAUACAGGAAGCAGAAAAAGUUAACGGAGGAGAUAGCCUUUAUAUUGGAAACAUUAAUUUCUACCAUAAGCCUCUGCGCACUGGGAAAUGGGCUGUGACAUACGAGGAAUGGCCAGAAGAGUACUAUCCUCCAUACGCAAACGGUCCGGGUUACAUCUUGUCAUACGACAUAGCUAAGUUCAUCGUCGAUGACUUUGAACAACAGAGACUAAGAUUAUUCAAGAUGGAAGAUGUGAGCAUGGGGAUGUGGGUGGAGAAGUUCAACGAGACGACUAGACCGGUGGAUGUGGUCCACAGCCUAAAGUUUUGUCAGUUCGGAUGCAUAGAAGACUACUUCACGGCGCAUUAUCAGUCGCCUCGACAGAUGAUUUGCAUGUGGGAUAAGCUGCAGAGACUCGGGAAGCCUCAUUGCUGCAACAUGAGGUGACAUUAACAUUGCUUUCCUUUUUUUGGCCGGAUUCUGGAAAAUUUUUCGUUAGGAAGGAGACAAAAAAAAUGAAGAAGCAGAUGGGAGCUAACUGUGUUUAGAAUAUCUCUGUAUAUAUAGAAACAAUCUAUAAUGUAUCUAUAUAUAUAUAUAUAUAAUAUAACGAAUUGCUCAUAAACAUCGUACGAGUUUCAGACAAAAGGCAGAAAAAACACAAGUAGAAAAGAAAAGAAAAGUUG